GAGAAAAGCAUUAGGGAGAAGCCGGCGUCGGCUUUCUGGCCGUGGAGGCGAUGCAGCUGAGGCGCUCGUUGCUCUUUUGAGAGCCCUCGGGCAGGAGGGCUGACUGGGUCCCUGGCGAGCCCGCGCAAAGGACGGGCGCUAUGCGGGGCCUGCUGCCCCUCCUCUGCCGGCGUCUUCAGAGAGCCCCGGCUGCGGGAGAUCCGGGGAGGCUCCGGCUUUGCCACGAGGCUCCGGCUCCCGCAGCUUCCGGAGGGGGCAAAGGCAGCGCCCAGCUAGGUAUACAACCUACCUUUGGCAUUCUGUUUGAUAUUGAUGGAGUAUUGGUACGAGGAAGGACCCCAAUUCCUGCUGCCCGAAAAGCCUUUCAAAAACUACUUAAUUCUCAGGGACAACUUUUGGUGCCUGUAGUAUUUGUUACUAAUGCAGGAAACUGUCUGUGUCAGAAGAAAGCAGACCAGCUGUCCCAUCUUCUUGAAGUUCCAAUUUCCAAAGACCAAGUUAUGAUGUCCCAUAGUCCUUUGCGAAUGUUCAGGCGUUACCAUGACAAAUGUGUUCUUGUAUCAGGACAAGGCCCACUCCUUGACAUUGCUAAGCAUCUUGGAUUUUGUCGGCCUAUUACAAUUGACAGGUUGCGAGAAACCUAUCCCUUAUUGGACAUGGUGGAUCAUGACAGAAGACCUAAAGUUUUGCACUUACCCACAAUGGAUUUCCCCAAGAUUGAAGCAGUUAUUUUGUUUGGUGAGCCAGUGAGGUGGGAAACCAACUUACAGUUGAUAAUAGAUGUUCUUUUGACAAGUGGCUAUCCUGGAAAUCCUUAUCAACGAACGUAUCCACAUAUUCCUGUAUUGGCUUGCAAUAUGGACUUGAUGUGGGCAGCUGAAGCUCAAUCCCCAAGGUUUGGGCAUGGAACAUUUAUGGUUUGUUUGGAAAAUAUUUAUAAGAAGAUCACUGGCAAAGAAUUGAAAUAUGAAGCAUUGAUGGGGAAGCCUAGUGAAGUGACUUAUCACUAUGCAGAGUACCUCAUUAGGACUCAAGCAUCUGCAAAGCAGUGGAAGAGCCCUAUUCAAACGUUGUAUGCCAUUGGGGACAACCUGAUGACAGAUAUUUAUGGUGCUAAUCUUUACAACCGCUACCUUGAAGAGAAGAUCUCAAGAAGAAGUUCUAAGGCUCAUGUCCAGGCCAAAGCGCUGGGGGGCACAAGAUCUGCCACCGUUUCUCAGGAAGAGGAGCUUGAGAAUUCUUGGGAAAAUGAACUUGCAUCAGCUACUGCCACAAGAUGUACAUCUGUUCUUGUUUGCACCGGAGUUUAUAACCCUCAUACAGAGGUGCCUUCUGAUACAAGGGAGAACAUCACUGAGACUGUCUUUCAUGGGCACAGAGAUUUCAGAUUUGAUCCUGCUUUAGUAGAACCAAAACACAUAGUGUCAGAUGUUGAAGCUGCUGUUGAUCUUAUAUUUCAACUGGAAACCUUUGUACCACAUGAAAACUGCAGGACUUCCUAAUGACUUUGUGAUGCUGUUCCUUCCUUUUCCUUCUGAAACACUAAGAGGGGUACUUAAUAUCAAACAGUCUUUAACAUACCAAUGUUUUUAUGUAACAUUUCUAGGACAUUUCUAAAAAAAAAACCAAAACAGAACAGUA